AUCACCCCCAGUAUCAUAACAACAGUAGUACACAGCAGAUCAGAAUCUCCCAUUACCCUAAUCCUCCCUCGAAGAAAGAUCAUCAGAAUCCCAAAACACCCAGAAGAGAAGAAAUAGUAAUAAUCAGAUCUCAUGUUCCCCCACGAUAAUGGCGGUGAAGAUGAUCCAUCGUUGAUCUUCUUCCCGCCAGACUUCACCACUCUUUCUUACCCACAAUCACCGCCACCUCUACUGCCACAAGAUCUCAUCACCUUCCAGACCGCUGCUGCUCAGACUCCCACUCCGUUCACGGACCCGGCGGGCAACCCGAAUUUCGCCGGCGCACAGUUCCCGGAUCCACCGGCGGGGGUGGCUGAAGACGUGCCGGCCACAAGUGGUAAUAUGAGGAAGAACAUAAUUCACAGGGAAGUGGAGCGACAGAGGAGGAAAGAAAUGGCCACCCUUCACUCUUCCCUCAGAAACCUCCUUCCUCUCCGCUUCGUCAAGGGAAAGCGAGCGGUGUCGGAUCAUAUGCAAGCGGCUGUCGAGUACAUUAGAGAGCUCCAAAGAAGGACGGAUGAACUGAGCAAGAAGAGAGAUGCGCUCAAAAGCGGUUACGGUACCGGUACUAGGGAUGAUCAAGUUGGCUCGAGCAGUACAAGUAAUGUUAGUGCAGUUAGUAGUGGUAUAGUUAUGGUUCGUCCAUGUUUGAUUGGAGUGGAGGUGGCGGUUAAUGUUAGUAGUAGUAGUAGUGGAGGUGGAGGCCAACAAGGUGGUUUGCAGCUGUCUAGGGUUGUGGAGUUGCUGAUGGGACAAGGACUCGAUGUUGUAACGUGCGACACUGUCAGAGUGAACGAUAGAUUCAUUCACACCCUUCAAUCCAAGGGAAGUGAUCCCUCCUCGUCCAUUGAUGUAGCUGCGCUUCAAAGCUUGCUCACCAGAGCUAGAGCUAUGGGGUUAUUAGGGAACAUCCGACGAACCGAUCGAAGCAUGUAGCAACUAGUGUUAGUAGAUGGAUUUCCGCCGAGCUCUGGGGUGAUCAUGAGGUUUGUUGUCAGCCCUUUGGCCGCUUUGUUUUCUGAUAUGUGUAAGUUGCAUGUCCUUUUUUUAGCCUUUCUGUCGAACUAUUUCAUAUGGAUGGGUUGUUGUUGUGUAAGCCUUGAAUGAGGGUAAUAAGAUGAUGGGAACCAG